AUGCGUGUUGUUGAGGAAUCCGCGUCUAGUACAUCAUGUGCCAUAAUGAACGAAGAAAAAAGUAUAAAUGGGACAGAAACCGAUGAUUGUAAGAGUAAUAAAAGUCAAUCGACUGAGCAAAAUCAUAGCCCCAACAGCGAUUACAGCGAACAGGUAUAUGCGUCCUCCGGAGGAAGACUUAAAUUUUUCAAAGAUGGAAAAUUUAUAUUGGAGCUAUCCCAUAGAAGAGAUGGAGAAAAAAUGUCUUGGAUACCAGUACCAAAGAAAACUUAUUGGCCUCCACCUGUCACAACUUCAAUGGUCACAAAUAGUAUUCGACAAGAAAGCACUACAUCCCUUAGUGUAUCAGAUGAUAAUUCGUCUGUUCAGCUUUCUCCAUGGCAAAGAGAUCACUGUUGGAAACAGAUGUCCCCUAGGAAAGCAGCCAGUCAUGACAUGAGUUUUUUUAUGAUUCCUCUCCCUCGUGCCUUUCACGUCAGGAGAACUAAUAGCUUAACAAUUAAAAGAAAAAGGAGACGUCCUUUUGAUUCAAUUGAAAAAGUGAUAAAUUGGAAAUCGUUGAGUAAUCUGAAUGGUUACCAACAAGCUGUUAAGUUAAAAAAUUGUGCAAUUAAAAAUGGUAGACUCAAUUUAUUGAUUCAACGAUUGUGGGAUUACUGUUUUAAGUCAAGUGAAAGUGCUCAAUCUUUACAAAAACUCAGCCCGAGUAUGUUUUCUCCGAGAAAAAGGAUUUUAAGAGAAUUUGAACGGGUUAGUUUGGUGGGUGGUAAUUUGGACGAUCAGUCUCAGUUAAAUUUAAAAAGGCAGAGAUGUAAAACGAGUUUUGAAAAUGGUCAGUCUCCUCCUACGCAGGGGAAUAGCAAGGGAGUAAGCAGUUACAGCAUCACAUCCCUGUUGGCGGUGAAAGAAGAGUCACAAGAUCAAGAAUCAUCAUCUUUUUUGAGGACUCUUUUGAAAUCACCCAAAGAAGAACCAUCUCCGGAGCCGAGUCCGAAAUCAAGAAGGAAUUCUCCGUCUCAAAGCAUGCAAUCAUCUCCUCCUCUUCCCGUUCCUUCUUCCGGAGAUGCGUCUUUGCGCAACGUUCAGUUUCCGUCCGUUCAAUUCCCAUAUUUACAUUCUCCAUUAUUGUAUCCUCAUUUUCUUCCACAGUCCCCGGCAGCCCAUCACUCUUAUUUCGGCAUGCCCUCCUCUUUUAGAGGUGCUUCUUCUGCUUUGUGGGGAGUGCCGUAUCACCAUCAUCCUCACGUGUCCAGCUCUCUUCCGGGUGGUUCAUAUCACGGUUUGGUAUCACCAUAUCCUACAUCGCAGUAUAGUUAUUGGCCGGGGCAACCUCCAAUUAAUGAAAUUAAAAGAGAGGAUAGUACUUCUGGUAAGAUUUUUUUUCAUUUUACUUUUCAUUGUUUUAUACUUUUCACUUUGUGA